AUGUUAUCCAGGGAUCACCUUAGUAUUACAUUUCGUGUGGUGCGUGUAAUAGCAAGGCUGUCAAAGGACCUACAACCCUGUUUUAUAACAAUAACAAGUGUGACAAGAGACAAGUCACAGGGGUUCCUCAGUACCUCAUACGAUAAGAGUGAGCAAGCUGUUUUUGUCGUCCUUGGAGAUGCUGGCAAGGUUCUGACAGGGAAACCAGCAUCGGAGUUAGUGGCCAGUUAUUUUGAGUCUAAAGAAGACGUUGCUUCUGACCAUUGCGUACCAGCUCCUCGUGCUUUACUCGAUGCAAUAGGAAAAACCUUCAAGUUCAUUGUGAAAAUAUCCGACCAGAAUUUGACUGGAAAGAUUCACUCUAUAACUGUCACAAAGGUUCUACCCCCUGAUGCACUUUUGGAAGAAGAAGUUAUUGCAGAUGAUGGUAUUGCAGAAGCAGCUGAUGAUGCUUUGAAUGCUGGAAGUGAGGAUGCUGGUGCUCCUGGAGGUGUUGAAGGUUCUGCUGAUGAUAGGGUUAGGAAAGCACAGGAUGGUCUUGGAGCAGAAGACCCAAAACGUGCCAAGAGUGGCUAA